UCUGUCAGCUCAGCUGCAGCAAGUGAAGUGUGUGUACUGCCACACAGCGGGGGGGACAGAAGAAGACAUUAUUAAGAGAAAGCGAUUGCCGCUCACAUGUUAACUGCGAGUGUGAGGGAGAGCACAGAGAGCAUUUGCUACUUUCCGGUGCGCCUGAGGUUUUCAUGUACCUGACUGCAAAACUUUGACAGUAAAUUAGCAUUCCUCUUUGGGUUGGCUGAACUAAGCGUUGGAGCACGGCUGAGCACUCUACCAGCACCCCUGCAGCCUGGCUGUUUUGGAGGCUAUGGCGGACGCCACGGUCGUAAAUGUUCCCCACCUGGAGCGGAGGGUCCGGCAGAGGAAAGAUACUAUGACGGUUCUGAAGACCAAGUUUAGUCGUAGUCUAUCCUGCUCUGUUCCCAGGGUCAAGAACACCUUGACUGGUUUCUUCCCUGUAGUGCUCUGGCUGCCCAAGUACAAGCUGAAUGAGUAUAUCUGGGGUGACCUCAUGUCGGGCCUCAUAAUAGGCAUCAUCUUGGUCCCUCAGGCCAUUGCCUACUGCCUGUUGGCUGGGGUGGACCCCCUGUAUGGCCUCUACACCUCCUUCUUUGCCAACAUAAUCUACUUCUUCAUGGGGACCUCCAGGCACGUGUCUGUGGGCAUCUUCAGUCUAAUGAGCCUGAUGGUGGGCCAGGUGGUGGACAGAGAGGUGUACUUGGCAGGGUUCGAUCUGGACGACACCAAAGCAGCUACUGCAGAAAAAAUCUUGAAUAUGACAGGACACCCGGCAGUCAACCUGACCACUGGGGCCUUCGACAUACAGUGUGGGAAGGAAUGUUAUGCCAUCAGUAUUGCUGCAGCAUUGACGUUUUUGGCUGGGAUUUACCAGGUAUUAAUGGCUGUCUUCCGACUGGGCUUUAUCUCUGUCUACCUCUCUGCUCCCAUGCUGGACGGCUUCGCCACCGGGGCCUCGUUCACGAUCCUCACCGUCCAGGCUAAGUACCUCCUGGGCCUCAAAAUACCUCGUCACCAAGGAUAUGGCACAGUGGUGGUCACCUGGAUCAGUAUCUUCAGCAACAUUCAGAACACCAACUAUUGUGACCUCAUCACCAGCGCCAUCUGCAUCUUCACCCUGGUAGUGGGGAAGGAGUUUCAGGAGCGUUACAAGGAUCGUUUGAAGAUCCCACUGCCCACUGAGUUGCUAGUGGUGGCAGUUGCUACACUGGCAUCCCACUUUGGAGACUUUCACGGACAGUAUGACUCCAGUGUCUCCGGUGCUAUCCCCACAGGCUUCAUCCCACCUAAGGUGCCCAGUUUUGGGCUGAUGCCCCGGGUGGCCUUCGAUGCCAUCCCACUCUCUGUGAUCAGCUUCGCCUUCACGGUUUCCCUCUCUGAGAUGUUUGCCAAGAAGAAUGGCUACACUGUCCGGCCCAACCAGGAGAUGAUAGCCAUUGGUUUCUGUAACAUUAUCCCUUCCUUCUUCCACUGCUUCACCACCAGCGCUGCUCUGGCAAAGACCAUGGUGAAAGACUCCACCGGCUGCCAGACCCAGGUCUCCAGCAUUGUGAGUGCCUUUGUCGUUCUCCUAGUUUUGCUGUUCUUCGCCCCCUACUUUUACUCCCUCCAGAAGUGCGUCCUGGCCUGUAUCAUCAUUGUCAGCUUGAGGGGAGCUCUCCGCAAAUUCAGAGACGUGCCCAGUAAGUGGCAAGUCAGUAAGAUGGACGCUAUCGUCUGGAUGGUGACAAUGAGUGCCUCUGCUCUGAUCAGCGUGGAAAUGGGACUGGUGGUUGGGGUGGUUUUCUCUAUGCUCUGUGUCAUCAUCCAGACCCAGAAACCCAAGGUUUCUCUGCUAGGACAGAUCCAUGACACAGCCCACUACGAGGAUAUGGAGGAGUAUGAGAACCUCAUGUCUCUACCUAAAGUAAAGAUCUUUCGCUUCCAGGCCCCGCUGUACUAUGCAAACAAGGACUUCUUCCUGAAGUCGCUUUACAAAGCUGUGGGUGUGGAACCCUUCCAAGAGAUGACCAGGAGGAGGAAAGCAGAGAAAAAAGCUAAUAAACUGGCAGCAAAGGAGGCUGGGAGAAGUGACAAGACUAAUGGAGAGGUGAAGGUAGGACUAGGGUCUAGAGAACUUGACUUUCACACUAUCAUUCUAGACUGCUCAGCCAUGCCUUUCAUAGAUUCAACAGGGAUGCAAACAUUCAAAGGGAUCAUUAAAGACUAUAAGGAGGUAGGUGUCAAAGUGCUGUUGGCGAGCUGUAACACCACAGUCGUCGAUUCUCUGAGGCAAGGCUCUUUCUUUGGAAAGGCUGACAAAGACAUGGAAAGCCUGUCCUUUUACACUGUACAUGCCGCCGUUCAAUUUGCCAAUGACAGGGCAAAAUCUACAUCAAUUGGUGAAUCAAUGAUGUAGACCAGAGACAUACUUUAUGUAGUUCUUUUGGUUACACUUUAUUUGGAUAGUAAAAAUUACAGUUACACUUUAUUUUGAGAAUAACAAUUUCCAUCGUAGUUGACAUUAAUUCUAUAAACAGGUUUUCAAAUAUAAUCUUUUAAACAACUGAAUGCUAAGGUUAAGGUUAGGUUUAGAAUGAGGUUUAGGGUAAGGGUUAAGGUCAGGGUUAGGAUAAAGGUCAGGGUUAGGAUAUAGGUAAGGGUUAGGGUUAGUAGAGAGUUAAAAUGUUACUGAUAGUCAGUAGUUUAUCUGUAGAGCAUCUACAGACACACCUUGGGGACUCUCAAAAAAGUGUUACCAAAAUGACCACCUGUAGAUGCGCUAAAGAUAUUCAUACUACUAACAAACUGCAAAAAACAACAACAAAGCAAAUUCUUGCCAAGGUUAAGAUUAGGGUUAGGUUUAGAAAAAGGUAAGGGUUAGGGAAAGGGUUAAGGUUAGAGAAGAGGUAUAAGGUUAGGAUUAAUGUUACUAGGUGUUACUAGAUGAUUUAAAUGUUAUUGAUAGUCUUUAGAUAGUCAGUAAAGCAUCUAGACAUUGACUAUCCAAAUAAAGUAUUCCCUUUGUUUGUUUUUUACAUAAGGGAAAAUAAGAGUUGACAGUAAACUCAAUGCCAGAUAAUGAAUGCUAAACUGAGCAAACAGAAUUGGUCCUGUUUCAUGUGAAAAUA